AUGUCGGCUGAAAGUUUGGCAACUGCUUCUCUGCUGGCCAGCAGUGGCGCCUGCCUCAAGAAGGACUGCGCGCAGGGGGGCAAGCCGGCCCCCAAGAAGGAGGAGGACUACACCGGCAUCAUCAAACGCACCCGUCCGCUGACCGAAGUCACCCGGGCCGACGUCACGCUCGUCGAGUUCACCAACAUCGACUGCGACGGCGCGCCCAUCGUCGACGCCUUCCCCUCCACCGGCGUCGUGUCCGUCCUCGCUGGAAUGCAGCUGGUCAAGUCGAUGGGCCUGCCGCUGGUGGGAGUGCUGAAGUCCCUCAGCAUCCCCUCGGUGGCGACGGUGCAGUGCGAGCAGCCCUCCCACCCGGCCCGCAUCUACGGCAACCGCGGCAUCGUCAUCUUCGUCUGCGAGAUCAGCCUCGACGAGGUCGUGGCCCGGUCCGUCGCCGACCUCAUCUACGACUUUGCUCGCAGGCACCGCUGCCCUAUGAUCUACACCGUCGAGGGCAUGGCCACCGGCGACACGAUCAAGCUGGAGUCGGGCGAGGAGGUGUCGCUGGCGCAGGAGGACGGGGAGGGAACGGCGGAGGAGGGGAUGCACACAGAAGGAAAAGAAAAGGGAAAGACGAACGAGCAGCAAACACAAGAAGAAGAGGAGGAGAAGAAGAGCGAAGAAGGCGAAGGACACGAGAACGGGAAGAAGGGGUCCAAGGGCGAGAAGGACCAGAAGAAGGGCAAGAAGGAGCAGGAGACGACGAAGAAGGAAGACGACAAGAAGGCGGCGAAGACGAAGAAGGAAUCAAAGAAGCAGAAGCAGAAGAAGAAGCGAGAGGAGGACGAGGAGCGAAGUGCGGAGAAGAGAGGCGAUGAUGGCGAUGACAACAAGAAGGAGGCGAUUGCGCGGAAGCUCUACGGCGACAAGGUGCACUUUGUCACCACCGAUCCCGCACUCGCGCAGAAGCUGCGCGGGCUCGACUGCGUGCCGGUCGUCGAUGGCGUCAUCUCCGGCGUAACUGGUGCGAUCUUGGCAGAGGCCGCGUUGGUGGACCAGGAGGUGACGGGGCUCGUGGUGCCGACGAGCACGAUCAUCCCGUCGGCCAAGUCCGCGAUCGUGCUGCUGCAGCUGCUGGAGAAGCUGGUGCCAGGCAUCGCCAUCUCCGUCUCCGAGCUGGAGAAGCUCGAGGACGAGCUCGAGGAGGUGCGCAAGGCCGUCAUGAAGGCCCUCCCGGCCCUCACCCCCAAGGCCCCGCCGUCCAACCUCUACCUCUGA